CCUGCGGCCACAAUGGAGCUCAGGCGGAAACGAGCUGCCACGCCGCAGAAGCCAUCGCGCCUGCAGCCAACAGAACCUUUACAUAUGACUACACGUGCCGCGUCCAAGGCUGUUUCUUCAAACGGAGGAUCUAGUCGACGUGGUUCUCUCUACUCUAAUGGUCAAAUUAGCCCAAUGGCUGGUCACGAAAAUGAAGGCGAGAGAUACCCUAAGAGAAGAAGAGUCUCAAUGGCUUCCAAGUCAACACCAACCGGAGCUGUCUAUACCUCUCAGUCAUCCUCAUCCAGACCCUCUACAAGGAGCAUGUCUGGUAACAACCUUCAUUCAAUUGCCGAACCAUCACCUGUGCCUCGGAGAAAAAGGAAACGAACGUCAGACGUCACAGCUGAGAAUAUUUCGGUAGCUCAGCCUAUCAAAAGCAGUGAUGAGUUUGAGCGCCAUGGUACCAACGGGAUCACGCAUGGUACAUCAGGGAGCCUUGACGAAGACGACACCAUGCACGAUAUCGAAGUUUCUGUGAAUGGUGAGCAAGAUUUAUCUGAUCAGCAACCGACGCAGGUCACUGGACUUGAUGAUGCUGCAGAGCAGUCUGGCGAUACUCAGGUCAAUGAACCUGCUACACAAGUCUCGGCGGAUUCUCAGGAAGAGCUAGGGCCGGAACAAGACAGAGACGAUGUAGAGCGCGGCUACGACGAAGAUGCAGACUUGGACAUCUCGCGUGAUGAACUGACCUUGCCUAAACGAUUUGGCAUAGAAACGCUUGAUACCACGCCUGUUGUAUCUGCCACAGCAUCUCCAGCCGGUUCGAAUCAAGACUCAAAUGUCGAUCAUGAGUCACCAACCAAGCAAUUGGCGUCAAUUCUUGUUGGAGGUGCGCCAACAGCAAAUCAAGAUGGUGAUAAGCCAGUCAAACGUUUACCAGGGAGGCGCAGAGCUCCUCAUGCUAAUCCGAAAGUUGAGGCCGCUUUGCGUAGACAGUUGCAUCUACGUAUGGCUUAUCGAGCAGUGGCCAAGAAUUUGAAACCCAUUCUCGCUGAGCUGGCGAAACGAAGCGUCAGCAAUAUCCAUAAAGACACUGAAGCGUAUAAAUCUUUCUCAGAAUAUACAGUCGUCAAAAACGGCCUCGAUGAGCAUUUUGAGAAGCGUCUUGCUUGGAUUCAGAAGCAGAAGGAUCUCAACAAGCAGAGAUUGAAUGACAUCCUGGAAGAGCAAACCGCGAUGCAUAAAAGAAACUACGAGCAGCAAGCUGAAGAUGAUGAAUACAGCGAUGACGAGGGUGACGAUGUCAUUCCCUCGCUUCGGCGAGUCACGGCCAAAGGUGCACUUCGAGGUAUACUGGGUCCAGAAUAUCACUGGCGGAGUCGGCUUGCUCUGGAAACAGAGAGGUUGUUCAAUGAGAUGUACGAAAGGCACCAACUUGCCCGCGAUCAUCUCGAGCACGACGAAGCAUCUGCUCUUGAAGAUCCACGACCGUUCACCACCUUCGAUCCUGUUGUCAGAGAUGCAGCGGAUGCUCGACGAAAGAUGAGAGAGCUUCUUGCCGCUCUGGGAGAAGCGGCAGAGGAAGUCGCCGAGCCACCUCCUGUACCGAUCGUCGAAGCUCCACCAGCAAUCCCAGUCAUACCAAACAAUGAGGCACUUGGUCUGUUGGUGUUGGCCGAAGCAUCGACUACUGUCAACAUCACGACGCCUGGACAAUUCGAGAGCAUUCCAGUGCCUCAAAUGGAUCCUCCGUCAGAUGUACCUUCACGGCAAGAUAAUCUAAGUGUGCCAAGGCCCAGCAUGUCUCGCACUGGAAGUGUGGCUCCUUCCAUCAACACUCCAGCAAAACCUUUAGAAGAAGCUGUCCCGGAGCAACGCUUUCAGGCAACUGCCCCUAUCAGUUUCAGUCAAGCUGUGCUCGAGCCAUCGACAACACAAACUGCUCCUCUCUUCCCACGAAACACACAGCGUGAACAGCAAGAGCAAAGGGCUCAAUCGGGACUUCCACAACUCCCUCCAAUAGGUCAAGUUGUGGCAUCACAGUCACAUGCGGAAUCACUACCGCAGCCAGUGGCUACAUCUUCAUCACUACCAACACCAUCAAAAUCUAUUGCUACCGACUUUUGGUCAAGUCUCGCUGUCAGCAACAUCAAGACCAACCCACAAGGCAAAGCUGAAUAUGCUCCCAAAGCAGGGGUCCAUCAGAUUUCAGCCACUGAGCAACCUGCUAGCAGCGGUGCGGACAACGCGAAGAUAGAAGAAAGAGAGUCUCGGUCAUCGUUGCCUGGUUCUUCAACUCCUCUGGAAUCUGUGCAUCAGACCUUGAGGAACACGUCGGAUUCUUUCGGACCAUUGCUUGAACGAGCAGGUGAUCUUGAUGAUUCCAAGCCACGCAAGAUGCCUGCACCUAAGAAGUCUUUAUACGGACCUUGGCCUCGUAGCCGAAACUACAACCCACUGGACCGAAGAGCGAGCACAACAAGCACAGCUCCGCCUCAACCCAGCCUACCAGGCAUCCAUCCAAGGCCAUCGAGUGGACUCGGCGGGACUGGGCCUUAUAGUACCGCAGAGUCGCGGCAUACGAACUACGCACCUGCUCCUCCGCCGCAACUGCCAGGCUUCUCAAACUCUGCACCACAAUCAGGACCAUAUGGUCCGGCACCUAUAUAUGGAGCGGCACCUCCACCUCCGUUCGCCUACGAACAACGAGGCCCAUACCCUCCAAUUACAUCGUACCCACCACCAGCAGGAUUCGCAGGUUUGCCUGGAGGACCAAUGCAACAAGGUCAAGGGCCGCCUGCGUUUUAUGGUGGACCUCACAACCUGCCACCUCCGCCUCAGCAACAAGGCGGGUACGGUCCACUACCGAUAACAUCUCGACCUCCACCAACGCAACCGGCGUAUGGGCAACAGUAUGGAGGACAACCUAUACUUCCAGCCAACCACGAUCCCCGAUUUGGGCCCAAUGGACAGCCAGUAUCGAACAACGCCGGACCAGCUUUUGCACAAUAUCAACAACACGAUGGAAGGAGGAGACGGAACCAGAGUCUUGGGAACAGGGAGUUCCAGCAUUAUCACGGGCCACGAUGA